ACAACUACCUCUCUUUGUCUCUCACUCCCUCACUCUCUCUUUCACUCUCUUUCGCCAUUCAAAAGCUCUGCAACUUCACUAACAUAAACGGUGCCGUAUCAUUCAUCACACAAAACGACGCCGUAUCACUCAAUGACACCGUCUACGCUUCUCUAUUUUCUCUUACUAAUCUUCCCUUCCGCGCUUUCUCUCUCCUCCGACGGCCUCGCGCUUCUCUCUCUAAAAUCUGCCGUCGACGGCGGUGCAGUCACAUUCUCCGAUUGGAACGACGGCGAUACCACGCCGUGCCGGUGGUCUGGUAUCGCAUGUUCGAGCAUCUCCGGGGAGCCUGAGCCUCGCGUCGUCGGCAUCGCGCUUGCCGGGAAAUCACUCCGGGGAUACAUUCCAUCGGAGCUUGGGACAUUAAGGUACCUCCGGCGACUCAAUUUGCACGACAAUGAAUUCUACGGCGUCGUUCCGGUGCAGCUCUUCAACGCCACCGCGCUUCACAGCUUGUACCUCCACCGGAACAACCUCUCCGGUCCAUUCCCUCCGUCGCUCUGCACACUUCGCCGCCUCGAGAACCUCGAUUUCUCCGAGAAUUCGUUCUCCGGCCACCUGCCGCCGGAGCUAAAGGACUGCAAGCAGCUUCAGAGACUGAAUCUGGCGAGGAAUAAUUUUUCCGGCGAUAUUCCGGCCAACGUGUGGUCGGGGAUGGAUGAGCUCGUCCAGCUCGAUCUCUCCGAUAAUCAAUUCGAAGGUCCGAUCCCUGACGAACUCGGCGAUUUGAGUUCUCUCUCUGGCACACUAAACCUCUCGUUCAAUCACUUAUCCGGUAAGGUUCCGGCGUCGCUUGGGAAGUUACCGGCGACCGUGAGCUUCGAUCUCCGGAACAACAAUCUAACCGGCGAGAUUCCCCAAACAGGCUCAUUUUCAAAUCAGGGCCCCACUGCGUUCCUUGGGAAUCCAAACCUUUGCGGAUUUCCAUUAAGAAAAUCAUGCAACGGUUCGGAUUCAGGCCGGGGAUCACAGGAAGGUCCUGACGCGGCAGCACACGCGGGGACCUUCCAUUCAGAAAAAGGCCUGAGUCCCGGCCUGAUAAUCCUGAUCUCAGCAGCCGACGCUGCUGGGGUCGCCCUCAUCGGGCUAGUAAUCGUAUAUGUUUAUUGGAAGAGGAAGGAUGAUGGCAAUGCCUGUAGCUGUGCAGGGAAGAGCAAAUUUGGCGGCAGCGGCAGCGGCGAGGAGAAGAUGAAUCUGUGUGCAUUGCAAUGUAUGAAUGGAGUGAAGAGCGACGAGGAGGAGGAGGAAGAGGAAGAGGAAGCGGGGGAAGGUGGAAGAGUUGAAGGGGGUUUGGUGAACAUAGACAAAGGGUUUAGGUUUGAGCUUGAUGAGCUUCUAAGGGCAUCGGCAUAUGUGUUGGGGAAGAGUGGGUUGGGGAUAGUGUACAAGGUGGUGCUUGCUAAUGGUGUUCCUGUGGCGGUGAGGAGAUUGGGAGAGGGCGGUGAUCAGAGGUAUAAGGAGUUUGCUGCUGAGGUUCAUGCCAUUGGGAAGGUUAGGCACCCUAACAUUGUAAGAUUGAGGGCUUAUUAUUGGGCACAUGACGAGAAGCUUCUCAUUAGUGAUUUCAUCUCUAAUGGCAAUUUGGCUCAAGCACUUCGAGGGAGAAGUGGACAACCAUCUCCAAACCUUUCUUGGUCAACAAGGCUUAGAAUAGCCAAAGGAGCAGCAAGAGGCUUGUCCUAUCUCCAUGAAUGCAGUCCAAGAAAGUUUGUCCAUGGUGAUAUCAAACCUUCCAACAUCCUACUUGACAAUGACUACCAACCAUACAUAUCCGAUUUUGGCCUCAACCGGCUAAUCAGCAUCACCGGCAACACCCCGUCGACUGGUGGCCUAAUGGGUGGUGCUCUUCCAUACAUGAACUCAUCACAGAAAGAGAAGACCAACAAUUAUAAGGCGCCCGAGGCGCGCUUCCCCAGCUCCAGACCAACACAGAAAUGGGAUGUGUAUUCAUUUGGGAUUGUUCUGCUUGAAUUGCUAACUGGCAGGACGCCGGAAUCUUCUCCGACGACUUCAACUUCUUCUGUGGAAGUUCCUGAUUUGGUGAGGUGGGUAAGGAAAGGCUUUGAACAAGAGAGUCCCUUGUCCGAAAUGGUUGAUCCAUCAUUGCUACAAGAAGUGCGUGUAAAGAAAGAAGUGUUGGCUGUUUUUCAUGUAGCAUUAGCAUGCACUGAAGGUGACCCUGAAGUUAGGCCUAGAAUGAAAACUGUCUCUGAAAAUCUUGAAAGGAUUGGAUCAUAGUAAGAUUCCAAUGGUAAGAGAAUUCAGACCUAGUUGCAUGAACACAAGUUUAACACACCAUUUCUUAAGUACACUAUGCAAUAAAAGUGAGUGCUGCUAAUUUCAUUUAA